AGAGAGAGAGAGAGAGAGAGAGAGAGAGAGCACUGCUCAGCUCUGAAAGUGUCUGAGAGAACCCAGGCUGGUGCGCCAAUACUGGGCUGGGGUCUGGGGACCCGUACUCUAAGUAGGUGCCACCAGCCACUUACUGAGCAGUGGGUGAACCUCACAGAGCCCUCACUUCCCACUGUAGAGCAGGUCGUGUCCUUUCUCCUGUGAGGAAGAGCUGGAAAACACGGCGUCCUCCCAACACGAGGGCGAGGCAGCAACAAGGCCGCCACCUUCGGCCAGCAUGUCUGCAGGCGUGUCUGCGAGCCGGCCUCAGGUUACUCAUUCACUACACCUGGACGCACACUUGUUUGCUUUCUGUCAUCAGCAGCACCGAGGAGCCACUGCUCCAGGACAAGGAUUUCAGAGAGAGCAAGGGAUACAGGGAGUCAGAGGGAGAGAGAGGCAGACACCAGCGCGCCAAAGCUCCCCCACCCCCUCCUGCGCUGGGGGCCGGCCUUGAGCCUGGGGCUCGAAUCAGGCGGAACAGGCACCCUCCAGGUGAUCUGACCCCACCACCCGCAGGACAGAGGCGUUUAGGAAGCUCCCCGUCUGCUGGACAGUCUGUGCUGUAGUUCUAGGAACUGAGCUGACAGACGGAGCUGCUGGGGCAGGAGGCCUCACAGAGCUGAGAACGGGGCCCAGCCAGCAGGCGAGUGGCUGAGUCUUGUUUGCAGAGCAUGGGGCCAGCACUGCUGUGGCUGCUGGGAGCAGGGAUCGUGGCCUCCAUCCACGGCCAGCCCUUUCCUUCCCUGGAGAAGAGCCCAAAGGUGCCGCCAGCCCCCCAGGACCAGCUGUCGGAGCCAACCCCCGCCCACCACUCAGUGACCCCGGCCAUCACCAGCUUCGCCCUGCACCUGUACAAACAGCUGGCAGCGGAGGCCACGGGCAACAUCUGCUUCUCGCCCGUGGGCGUCUCCGCCGCCCUGGCCCUGCUCUCUCUGGGGGCCCAAGCUGACACCACGACUCGGAUCCUGGAGGGCCUGGGCUUCAACCUCACGGAGACCCCUCAAGCCGACAUCUACCGGGGCUUCCGGAGCCUCCUCAGCACCCUGGGGCAGCCCAGUCCCAAGCUGGAGCUCAAGGUGGGCACCUCCCUGUUCCUGUCGCAGCAGCUGAAGCCCCGGCAGAGCUUUCUGGACGCCGCCCGGGAGCUGUAUGGGGCCUUGGCUUUCGCGGCCAACUUCUCAGAUGCCGCCGGGAGGCGGAUGGAGGCCUUCGUGAGGAAGCGGACGUACGGGCGGGUGGCGGGCAUCCCGGGGCUUCUCCAUGACGACACGCUCUUGGUGUUACUGAACUACGUCUUCUUCAAAGCCAAAUGGAAGCACCCCUUCAGCCGCCCCCACCCCCAGAAGCCCCCCCUCCGAGUGUCCACAAUGCACCAGCAGGAGAUGCACCGUUUCCUCUAUGACCCGGAGCUGGCGUGCACGGUGUUGCAGCUGGACUUCAGCGGGCAUGCCCGCGCCCUGCUGGUCCUGCCCGACCCCGGGAAGAUGGGGCAGCUGGAGGCGGCUCUGCGGCCCGAGACCCUGACCAAGUGGGGUCAGUCGCUUGUGCCCAGCCUGUUGGAUCUGCACUUGCCAAGGUUUUCCAUCUCGGGGAUGUAUAACCUGGGGGACGUUCUCACCCACAUCUUCAACUUAGAAGCCGACUUGUCGGGAAUCGAAGGACAGCUGAACCAAACCAUCUUGAGGAUGUCACACAAGGCGGUGUUGGACAUGACAGAGCGUGGCACAGAUGCCGGGGUGGCCUCCAGCCUCCUGUCCCAGCCCUGGGCUCUGAACAAUGCCCCCUUGGCCCUGAGCGCCAUCUCCUCGGCCCCGUUAGUCCACUUCAACAGGCCGUUCCUGGUGUUCCUCUGGGAGAUGACCACCCAGAGCUUACUCUUUCUGGGGAAGGUCGCCAACCCCACCGCGGGGUGACUGUCCCCCCACACAGAAUUGCUCAGGCCAGCUGCAGGAAUGCUAAUAAACUUGGCCUUGGAGACUGUGA